UACACAACAAGGCUAAUGAGCUAACGGCACACUCUUCCUGUGUGUAUUUGUCAGAAAGAUUUGUGCCACUCGUUCAACGUCGCUGAACCUCAAAUAUGCCCAAUAUAAGUUGAAUUAACGCUAGGUUUUUAAAAAGAUGGAUACUCGCAAACAUUUAUGCUAAGGGAAAGUGUGGUGUUAGGUCUAAAUUCAGACUCCGACGGCUUAUAUAUAGAAGCUAAGCUACAUGUUAACGUUACCAAGACCAGAGGAGUCUCUGUGCAGCUGAGGCAUAGCUGAUUAACUUACAGCAGAGGGGGUUUUCUCAGGCUGAAACAAAGUCUUUCCAAAGAUGUCGUGGUUCAAUCAUGUCAGUGAUGGCUCAAAUCAGCAACAGCAGCCGACUGACAGCCACAGACUCACAGCCACAGACGUGCUGUGCAGCACUCUUACCUCCAGGCUCAGAGGUCCGACAGAGGGAUCACUGACCAUGGCAACACAACACUGGACCGGCUUCUCCAUUCCCAGCCCGGAGGACUUUCCAUCUGCUCCACAGGGAGUAGUCAGCCCUCUCAGCCUUGAGAACCUGCUCUGCGCUUCUCACAGUGCAGGCAGGACGAGAGAGCCGGAGCCCAUCUCCUAUGUGAGCCUCCAGGAGCAGCGGUGCGUCCUGAGCUGGUUCCAGGGCUGGAACGCCGCUCAGAGGGAGCGCUUCUUGCAGGAUCUUCUGGGAAAAGCUGUACCUGGGAAAGUGUGCACCCUCCUAGAUUCACUUAGUACUCUUCAGGUUAUGGACAGACUACCAAACAUCUUUGAAUGCCAGCUCCGCCUGUGGACCCAGUGGUUCGAGUCUUGGGGAGAAGAGGAGAGGAAUCAUUUCCUGCAUAUACUGGAAGAGCGGGACCCCGUUUUUGUUGCCCACUUUUACAGGAGCGUAGCCGGAACAGCAGGAAGAGACUGACCAAUCUUUGCAUUGUGAUGGAAAAGCAAGUGAUUCCAACAAAAUGUGUGGGUAAUGUGUGUUAGGUCUGAGAUAGUUAUCUUCUGAUAAAUGUUUGUGUAACUGUGAUGGGAUUUAUUAUUGAAGGCAAACCAUUUUAUUCUAAAAACCGAAGUGUUCAUUCAAUACAAGCGGUUUUAUUCUGUUUCCUACACCGGUUUGUCCAGGACUACGGCACACACUUUCUUUGGGAUGAAGUUCAUAACAUUUCGCUUCAUGCUUUUAUUAUGGGUGAAGCUCUGCCAUCUAGUGACCCAAUGGUGUGAACUUGAAAUAAACAGGUUCAACAUCUGACUGUAACAUAGUUAAACUAACAGGCUUAUUAUCUCUGUACAGGGCCUAGUGAUUGAAACAUGUGGAAUGACAUUGACAAGAGGACACAUUGUUUUUCAAACCGAGAAAAAUAAACAAAAUGCAUUGUU